AUGAAUUCAAGUCAAGAAACAACUACAAAGGUACGUUUUUCCUGGUUUUUUAACUUAGGUUUUUAGGGCAAAAGUCAACCUCAAUUGACCUUGGAAGAACUAGAGCCAGAUGAGUCUGAAGAUGAGCAAUUAACAUAUUUCUUGGCAAAUUCACAGUUCCGAAAUGAAUGGAGGUGGAAGGAUAGAGAAUCGUGUGCUUUGUUCGAUCACCUUGAGUGUGAAGAAACAAAAAAGUUGAACGACUUGAUCGACAAGGUUAUCAAUAAUUCUUGGUUUGAAGAUGAGAUGAAGGAGAAGCUUACUAUGGCUGUAAAGGAUGUUAUCUACAGAACAUUGUCUCGCGGAGCUGCUGCAGUUACUAACGGUGUGGAUUGGAUGGAUUUAGCAGCAUUAUUGGCUCAAAUUUACGAACAUUUGGGUUUGGACAUGUUUGGAGGGACAGAUACUAUGUAAGUACGAUUUUGUUUUAGGUUUUGUAAUUGUGAGCUUAUGUUAAUUUUUUAGUAUAAGAUUUAGUUUAAUUUUUUAUUAAACAUAAUACGACAAAUUUCAGAAUUCCAAAGUUUGAGUUGCAAUUAAUGGAGUAUAAGCAAGAAACUGGCUUGGAACCUCUAGAAAUGGCUACAAAAGCAGCAGUCAAAGAGAAAUCAGUGGAACCGGAAGAUGCGGAAGAGCACGGCGAAUCUUCCGCUGAAGACGAAUUCACUUCAUCAACCGGGCCUAAGAAAACCCAGAAUUGUUACUCGAAUAUUGGUGUUGUAGUAGAUGGAAAGAAGUACGCGAGAUAUGGAGUGGCCUACCCAGACUACUGGAAGCUUUAUCCGAAUGGUAUGUUUUUAGUGUUUUUUUUGUGAAAAUUAAACGGAAUUAUGUUUGUUUUAGUUUUUCAAUAUUUUUAGAUACGAUUUUUCUAGUUAACUUUUUUACUAUUAGGUAUAGGCAUUUGUUAUGUAAUACUACUAUACUAGUAAUACAUUUGUUAUUUCAGUAAUUAAAGCAGGAAUUCUUAAGUCGUUGGAGAUGAGAAUAAAUAAAAUUCCGUCGGAGAAGUGUCACAUAGUGGACGAUAAAACAAAGUACAAAGCAAUCGAAAGAGUGUUGCUACAUCACGAGAGUUGCAAGGCUAAUUCGGUAAAAUACGGAGUAAGUUAACCUUUAAUUAGCUGUUGUUACCGUAUUUUUAAAAAUUUAUAUUUUAUACUUUUCUUCAAUGUAACUUUAGAUAAACUACUCGACAAUGCAAAACUAUGUGCACCGUGCAAUUUACGUUCUGUCCAAAAUUCUGGGCACAACUGAGGUACCCAAGAAUGUAAAGAAGAUGCUGGACGACAAGGUUGAUGUAACUCAAAUUGUGAAUACGUUUGACAUUAAAAGGCCCGUCUCACAAGUCAGAGUGUCGUUCCCAGCCUCAGCAUGA